UUGAUUUGUAUUGGUAUAAAAAGCGGCUUCCUUGAUAAGAGCAAAGUUCAUUAUAAAUAAUUAUUAUCUCUCUUAAGUGUAUACUUUUCCUGCUUAAUUUAUAUUUCGUGAACGAGGAAAUGGCUCUUAUUCCGGCUGUUACCCGACUCACCUCCUCCGUCAUCCGGAUCCUGGGGUGCAAUCCCAGUCCCAUGACGCUCCAGGGCACCAACACCUACCUGUUGGGCAGCGGGAGGAGAAGAAUCCUGAUCGACACCGGCGACGAGGACGUGCCCCAGUACAUUGAGCACCUGAAUGACGUACUGCAGCAGGAAAAGGCCUCCAUCGACACCAUUUUGUUGACUCACUGGCACCACGACCACGUAGGCGGCGUCAAGAGCAUUCUGGGCACCAAGUUGGCAGACAAGGAUUGUAGGGUUUUCAAAUUUGGGCGCACGGAUGCUCAGGAUGUGUGUCCCGAGAUUCCGGCGCACAUCAAACUCCAUCCGCUGGCCCACAACCAGGAGUUCGCCACGGAGGGAGCGAAUGUGCGGGUGGUGCACACGCCCGGACACACCACCGACCAUGUGGUGCUGGCCAUGAGCGAAGGCACACUCUUCAGCGGCGACUGCAUUCUGGGCGAGGGCACCGCCGUCUUCGAGGAUUUGUUCGAGUACAUGAAGAGCCUGGAGAAGAUAUUGCACAUCAAGCCGCAGCGCAUCUUUCCGGGCCACGGCAAUGUGAUUGAGGAACCCAUUGGCAAGAUUGAGUACUACAUAAACCAUCGAAACCAGCGCGAGCAGCAAAUCCUGCAGUUCUUUGUCCAGCGUCCCAAUGAAAACUUACAGGCCAUGGACGUAGUGCGGGUGGUCUACAAGGAGACUCCGGAAAACCUUUGGCCCGCCGCCGCCUACAACGUAAAUCACCACCUUAGCAAGCUGGAGAAGGAGGGAAAGCUGCGGCUCACCAAGUCGGAGGAUGAAGAGUUCUAUGUCUAUCAGCAAUCCAGUGCGCUCUAGAUCUGGUUUUUAUCUAUUAACGUCUUCCAGAAUUUUUAAUGUCCACAUUACAGUUUCUGUGGGUUUAGCAAUGUAAAUAUUUUGAGAUUUUGUUAAUAUAUGUUAUUAAAAAAAAUUAUGUGCAAAACUA